UCAUUCAAACCAAGCUUGCUCGUGGUUCAAGAGAUCGAAACAAGGUCCGAAAAAUGUUGAUUUGGCUUUUUGUUAUGGCUCUUUUGACCCCUGGGCUAAAUGCUGAUGAAGAUUAUAUAGAGAAGAGUUGUUUGAAUUUCGUGCGGAUUUCAAGCCUAAAAGAUUUGGAAGCUGUGAACUUUACCAACCCUGUGCUAUUGAAGGACCAUGAUAACUUGGACAACAAAGACAUAAAGGCACUACAGGUCUCGUGUUUACAGGGUGAACAUUUUGCCUCAGAAGCAACUGACGUCAACCAAUUCUUGACCAAUUUCCAAAAGCUCCGGAUUUUUGCCAAACCAUUCGUAAACCUUCAUGCCAAUUUGUCUGGACAACGAGUGGAGUCGAUUAAUGACAUGCAACGCACAUUUGAUCUGGUAACACCCAAUUCGGAGGAGGAAGAAGUCCACGAACCACCCAAAGUGGGAUCACGGCAGUUGAUUUUCAAUUUCUUUGAAUUCUGGCCUAGCCUUUUCCUGGAUGAUGAUGGAAUCCUUCGUGGAGUGGAUCUACAUGUUGUUGAGACCUUGGCCCAAAAGUUCCGAUUCACUUACAAGUUUCUUCCACCAGGAUUUAGUAUUGAUGCACGAGAAUUACCCAAUGGGACCAUUGUUGGUGUACGACCUGAUGUUGAGACUGGUGUUUCGGAUUUAGCCACAGCCCAAUUCACCAUCAGCCAUGAACGGUUCAAAACCGUGGAUUACGCCCCCACAAUGUCCGAGCACGAUAUCACUUUAACUGGAGCCAAGGCCAAACCUCGACAACCUUAUGAGGCCUUGGUGUUACCCUUCGAUUUGCACAUUUGGAUCGGUCUUUCUGUUACUUUAUUGGUGUCAUUUCUCAUGCUGACCUUUUUCAAAAUCUUCAUUGAUGAUUCUAAAAGUGUGUGGAGCAACAUGUACAAUGCUUGGUCUUUGGCAGUGUCUCCUCUGCUCCAAGAGAGUCUACCCGUUGGGCGGUUCCAAUCACAUCAUUAUCUAUCAUUGCAUGUUUUCAUGUAUUUGUGGUUGGGAUUUUGCUUGAUUCUGACUUUGGCCUACAAAUCCAAUUUGUUAGCCACUAUGACUAUGGAUGUCAUGGAGGACGUGAUUGAUAGUCCCGAAGAAGUCCUGGAGUCCGGAUUGCCCGUCUACGUCGUAUCCAAUUCCAUGAUAGAAAUAUCCCUGGUUGGAUCGCCGUUGGAAGUCUUUAGAGAUAUCUACAAAUACAAUGUUGUUCCAUAUGGAACAGCUUUUCCCAUCUCGAAGCUCCCCCCGGAAAUGGAUCCUUUGGUUGAUAGUGGCAAAGCCUUUUUUGCCUCUACCCGCGCAACCUCGGUCCCGGAACUGAACCGCUUCGCCUUUAAGCAAUCAAUCUACGUGGGGGCAUCAUCUUGGGUUGGACCCAAGGGAAGUCGAAUUGUGAGGCUAUUUUCGGAUCCGAUCUUAAGGAUCCAAGGCGGCGGAUUUCUGAAUAAAUGGUAUCAAGACGAAUUAGGAAUAAUUUUGAAAAAUGAGGCUGCCGUGCGAAAACAAGCCAGGCAUGAGAAAAUCGACAUGGCCCAUAUGCUACCACUGUUCAUCCUGACAAGCAUAAGCCUGUCAUUGUGUUCUCUGGUAUUUAUUAUGGAAAUCAUUUACUUUCAUUUCUUUAAGGAAUAAGUGUUAACGGAUUUCUUUUAAACGGCAUCUAUAUUUGUUUACGAUCUGGAGAUUUCCGAAUUACAAAAAUGAUCCUUGGAUGUUCUCAUGCUCUCGACAGCAUCACAUUUAUUUUAUUAAUCAAUGCGCAAUAUUGAGGGACUCAAAAAUAUAUUUCUUAUCAAGAGGCACCUUUGAAUGCUCUUUGUUCUUGCCGUGAUAGUUUAUUUCAAACCAAGGGUUUCAUAUUGGAAAUAUAUAUACAU